AGCAGAGAACGCAUGUGGGUUCAUGCCCAUGUCUGGCGUUGAUGUGCUACCCGAUGGUCGUAGAUUCCAAGCCGCAGACGAUCGAAGUCUAGAUUUGCAUUUGAUUGAUUUGAUAUGAUGCUGGUCUAGAUUUAGAUUUAGGCCGGCUCUACAACAGCGAAGACCUACGAGACAAACAGAGUGACAAAAGGAGUGCCCGAAGGAAGACCAGUCAACCAUGACGAGCUACAAGCGUGUCAUUCAGCAGAACGACAAAGUGAUCAAUUCGCUGGUCGAAUUUUCCGGUCUAGAACGGUGGCUUGUCCAGAACAUUGUCCAGUACGCCAAUCAGAUGCCGAAAGUGAAAGGCGGAGAGGUCGAUCUGCUCAUCUUCACGGCCCAGAUGUCCAGGCAGUUCGACAUCAACGCCACGCACGUGAUACAGAUUAUGUACGAAACUAUCAAGAGAAUAUCGAAAACGAAAGUAAUGAUGGUAGAGGACUACGCCAGGUGUGUCUGCAUGUUUCUAAGCGACGACCUUGACCUCCAGAUCGACUACGCCUUCGCGGUCUACGAUACCAAGUGUGACGGUCUGGUCAAAGUGGGAGACAUGAGCACAUUGCUUAAGGUCUGUGUCCUGUCUACUGACCCCAAUGACGAGACCGAGGCUGAAGACUCCCUACGAGAUCUGGAGGACUUCGUCCUGAAGAUUAUCGAGAAUGUGUCCAAGGAAGGUUUGAGACUCGAGGCGUUCCGGAAAUUGGUCAAGCAAAACCGAUUAUAUUUAGAACUUUUCGGGCAGUGCUUCCCGUCUGAUAAAUUUAAAUUAAGCUUCAAGGAAAAACUGACAGGCGUGACGCCCUUCCAAGUGUCCCAAAUGUUCGCCUCAGAGAGGAGGAUAGCGCUCGGCGGCCCAGCUGGGAAAGUGAAAACGGCUAACUUGUACCCAAUACCCUUGGAUAUGUGAUCCCGUCUAAAUCUUGUCUACAGAACAGAACGGCUCUCGACUCUAUUGUACACUAUGUCGACAGAAUGUAUUGUAUGAUAGUGAUGUGAACACCAAAAUGUCCAAUCAUGAGAUUACAACUGACAUCUAAUGACAAUGACAA